AUGGUUGAAAACGACAAGCUCGCUAUCCUACUUGAGUGGUUCAAGGACAACAAAGUUUCUUGGGACAAUACAAAAAUCGACGUUCGUGCAGUGGACAGUGGCUUUGGUGUAUUCGCCUUGAAGGACUGUCCCGAGAAUGAAACCCUUGUCAAGAUCCCCAAGACAUGUAUCCUAUCAGCAAAGUCCACGGGUGUUGCCAACAUUCUAGAAGACGAAGCUAUCGAAGGUGGUGCAGCCCUCUCUAUUGCUGUCAUGUAUGAGUUGGCUCAAGGUACCGAGUCGCCUUGGUAUGGUUACUUGCAGGCUCUUCCUUUCUCCGAGGAUCUUCCCAUUUUCUGGAGCGAAGCCGAGAAAAUGUUGUUUCAGGGCACUGAGCUCGAGGAUGUCGUCUUUAAUGAUCAGAAUGACCUCAACGAUGACUAUGAGACUGUGGUGAUGCCUCUUGUUGAACAAUAUCCCUACAUUUUCCCAAAGGACAAGUUUACCCUCGAAUUGUUUUGUCGCAUUUCAACCUUGGUCUCGUCGCGUGCAUUUGAAGUCGAUACCUAUCACGAGACAGCCAUGGUCCCCUUUGCCGAUAUCUUCAAUCAUCGUAGUGGCGAUGAAGAUGUUCAUUUCCAAACCGACUUUGACGUAUGCGAAGCCUGUGGCGAAUUGGAAUACUGCCAACAUCAAUAUGCCGAAUACCUUGAACAUGGUAGUGGUGAUGAAGACGAGGACGAAUGGAGCGAUGUAGAAGGUGAUGAUGAUGAUGAUGAUAUGGAGGAUGCAGCAUCAGUUGAAGAAGAGGAGGCUGAGGAGGAGGAGGAUGAAGCCUUGCAAGAUUUGGAGGAACUUGAAAACGCCAAAGUUGAUUUCUGGAAAGACGAGGAAGAUGAUGACGAUGAGAAUAAGGAUACCUGCGACAUGGUGUUGGAUAAACCCGUCAAGGCUGGUGCUGAAGUUUUCAACACGUAUGGUCCACUCCCCAAUGUUAUCCUCUUGAACAAGUACGGCUUUUGUCACGACGACAACAAGAAUGACUAUAUCUCUGUUGCUCAAGACAAUGUCUUUUCAACAUGCAUUGAAACUGUACGAGAUGAGCUCUUCGGCACCAGUCAAGCAAGUGAAGAAGUGAUCGAGCAAAUUGUGGAACGUGUUCGUGAGCGAUUCGAGUACUUCUUGACAAACGAGCCUAUCCUUUGCCCCAAGGAAGAUGACGAGGAAGAUGAUGAAGAGGAUGAUGAGGAAGAUGAAGAUGAAGAGCAUGAUGAAGAAGAGCAUGAACAUGAGCAUGACGGCGGCUGCUGCGGUUCUGAAGACAAGGAUGAGGAACACGAUCAUGGAUGCUGCGAGGAUGAUGGCUGCUGUGGUGGUGGUGAAGAUCGAUCUCCCCCUUACUUUGCCAAUGUUGAAGGCUUAUAUGAAGAUAAUCUCAUUUGCUUGCUGCACAUUGUCUUUGUGGAUGAAAAGUUGUUCGCCAAAUUCCAAGAGAACAUUGAAGAAGCUCUCAAGUACUUUGAACAGCUUGCCAAAGACAGCGAGGAUGGCGCCAAAAAGAAGAACGGUGAUUUGCUUGAAACCAAAAAGAUGGUGUAUACCGUAUGCAAGCGUUUGUCAGAAUUACGUCGUCAAGAUUACUUGGAUGCUAGCGGCCGAUGGGUACCUAUUGAGGAAGAUAUCCAAAAGCGAGACAACGAGACGAGCAACAAGCGACAAUAUUACGCUCUUACUUGCUACAUUAGUGAGAAGAAGAUUGUCCAACGAUCCAUCGAGUAUUACGAUUCAAGGAUCAAAGCUUGUGAACUUGAAGCUAAAUCGGCAUCCAAAAAGAAGCAAAAGAGUCGAAAGUAG